AUGCUGAAUAGUAAUGUUGAUAUUAAUAAUAAUAGGAUUCGCAAAUCUAUUGCAUUGCAGAAAAGGGAAGGUUGCAUUUAUUUACUAAGUUCUAAACUUAGGAUCAAACAAAAUGUUGUAUUUGAAAGGCAUAACACUAAAUAG